CAACUGAAAGUCCAGUCGCACCUAAUUAGCUGGCUAGGAGCCAAUAGGCAUUCAGAUAACUUACAAUCAAAGACUAAAUUAUAGAAGAAGGAAUCGUAUUUCAAAUUGUCUGGAGCGUCCAUUCCAAUUCAAGCAUUCCAAUCUGCAAGCCGAAGAUUAGAUUUUUCUUAAUUUUCUCGAGAUUUCGCACAAGUCGAUCCAACUGUUGCCUUUAAGGAUUGUCGAUCGAACUGUUUUUGCCUGGAUUAAAGUUAAACCCAGACAAAUUAUAAACAAUAGAACAUGGUCCCGCGCUUUUCGUAGGCUUCACUUUUCCGCCGGCAAAUUUUCAGUUUUUACAGUUGGAUCGUGGGGUUUAUAUAUGAGGAAUGAGGAGGCUCAUACCUUGGCGCUUCAGAAGCGGAGUCUCCGACGACAGCAAUCAUCAGAAGCAGAAGCAUCCAAAGGGAUCCAAAGAAACCAUGGAGAAGAACCAACAGACCAACAACAGUGCCGCCGACAGUGUGGAGUUUUCGAGCGAAAAUGUUGCUGAUUCAAGUAGUCACGGUCCAAAUAUCGUACUGAACCAUGAUUUCUCUGGAGGGCUGCAUUCUUGGCACCCCAAUCACUGCAACGCCUUUGUUGUGGAUUCAGCAGGAAGUUAUGCAGUUGUUACGAAUCGCCAACAAUGCUGGCAGGGAUUGGAGCAAGAUAUUACUGAAAGAAUUUCCCCUGGAUUUACCUAUUCGGUUUCAGCGUGUGUGGGAGUUUCAGGGCCUCUUCAGGGAUCUGCUGAGGUCAUGGCAACUUUGAAGCUGGAAAGCCGAGGCUCAGCAACUGGCUAUGUGAAAAUCGGAAGAAGUUCUGUAUCAAAUGGGAAAUGGGAAAGUUUGGAUGGAAAGUUUUCUCUGUCGACAAUGCCUGAUAGGGUGGUGUUUUAUUUGGAAGGGCCUCCUGCUGGAGUCGACCUUCAUAUAAAAUCAGUUAUGAUCUCUUGUUCUGAAGGCCAGUCUGAGAACCAAAACUUGGUGAAUUCAAGUAGCAGAAAUGCCACAAAUAUCAUAGUGAACCAUGAUUUCUCUGGAGGACUGCAUUCUUGGCACCCGAGUAACUGCAAUGGCUUUGUAGUUUCCGCCGAUUCUGGUCACCCAAAAGUAAAAGCUGGCAAUUAUGCUGUUGUUACAAAUCGGAAGGAAAGUUGGCAAGGUUUGGAGCAAGAUAUCACACAGAGAAUUUCCCCAGGCUCCACAUAUUUAGUUUCUGCAUGUGUUGGAGUCUGCGGACCUCUUCAGGGCUCCACUGAUGUCCUGGCAACUUUGAAGCUGGAAUACCGAGGUUCAGCGACCAACUAUUUGCAAGUUGGAAGAUGUACUGUAUCAAAGGGGAGGUGGGGAAAUUUGGAUGGGAAGUUCUCAGUGUCGACAAAACCUGAUAGGGUUGUAUUUUAUUUGGAAGGGCCUUCGGUUGGAGUCGACCUUAUUAAAUCAGUUUUGAUCUGUUCCUCGAGCCCAAGUGAAUGCCAGAGUGGAAGGACGGGGAAUUUCAAUGAUGGAGAAGAGAAUAUAAUCCUAAACCCUAAAUUUGAGGAUGCCUUAAAUAAUUGGUCCGGAAGAGGUUGCAAAAUUGUUUUGCAUGACUCAAUGGGAGAUGGGAAAAUCGUCCCUCAAUCUGGAAAGGUUUUUGCAGCUGCAACAGAACGCACACAGAGCUGGAAUGGCAUCCAGCAGGACAUCACUGGAAGAGUGCAGCGUAAACUAGCUUAUGAGGCAACCACUGUGGUUAAAAUAUUUGGCAACAAUGUCACUACUGCUGAUGUCCGGGCUACCUUAUGGGUGCAGUCACCAAAUCAGCGUGAACAGUAUAUCGGCAUUGCUAAUGUGCAGGCAACAGACAAGGAUUGGACACAGUUGCAGGGGAAGUUCCUUUUAAACGGCUCCCCGUCAAAAAUAGUUGUUUAUCUUGAAGGUCCACCGGCGGGAACAGAUAUUCUUGUCAAUAGUUUUGUUGUCAAGCAUGCUGAGAAAGCUCUUCCUUCACCUCCACCAGUCAUUGAGUUGCCAGCAUUUGGAGUAAAUAUAAUUGAGAACAGCAAUUUGAGUAAUGGCACAAACGGGUGGUUUCCACUUGGUAAUUGUACUCUGAGUGUCCGAACUGGUUCACCACAUGUUCUCCCUCCAAUGGCAAUAGAGAGCCUUGGACCUCAUGAACCUUUAAGUGGUUGCUACAUUCUAGUAACCAAGCGCACGGAGACUUGGAUGGGUCCUGCUCAGAUGAUUGGUGACAAAUUGAAACUCUUUUUGACAUAUCAAGUGUCUGCUUGGGUUCGGAUUGGUGCUGGAGCAACUGGUCCACAGAACGUCAACAUUGCACUCGGCGUGGACAACCAGUGGGUAAACGGAGGGCAGGUUGAAGCAAGUGACACUAGAUGGCAUGAAAUCGGUGGUUCCUUUAGAAUUGAGAAGCAGCCAUCAAAAGUAAUGGUUUAUAUCCAAGGUCCAGCUGCAGGUGUAGACUUAAUGGUUGCCGGACUUCAGAUAUUCCCUGUCGACAGACCAGCGAGAUUUAGACAUCUGAAGAGGCAGACUGAUAAGAUUCGUAAGUGCGAUAUUGUCCUGAAAUUUUCAGGGUCGGACUCGAGCAGCAUGCUUGGCAGCCUUGUGAAAGUUAAACAAUCGCAAAACAGUUUUCCAAUUGGGACAUGUAUAAGUAGAACAAACACUGACAAUGAAGAUUUCGUUGAUUUCUUUGUUAAAAACUUCAACUGGGCUGUGUUUGGAAAUGAAUUGAAGUGGUAUUGGACUGAACCACAACAAGGAAACUUCAACUACAAGGAUGCUGAUGAUAUGGUGGACUUGUGCAAGAAUCACAACAUAGAAAUGCGAGGCCACUGUAUUUUCUGGGAAGUCAUCGACACAGUGCAGCAAUGGAUCCGUACAUUGAGCCAGAGUGACUUGUCAACAGCUGUUCAAAAUCGACUAACAGAUCUUCUCACACGCUACAAAGGGAAGUUCAGGCACUAUGAUGUCAACAAUGAGAUGCUGCAUGGCUCAUUCUAUCAGGAUAGACUGGGAAAAGAUAUCAGAGCCAACAUGUUCAAGACCGCAAACCUGUUGGAUCCAUCUGCAACUCUGUUUGUGAAUGAUUAUCACAUCGAGGAUGGUUGCGAUACUAGAUCAUCACCGGAAAAAUACAUUGAUCAAAUCCUUGAUUUGCAGGAACAAGGUGCACCUGUUGGUGGCAUUGGCAUCCAAGGACAUAUUGAUAGUCCAGUGGGUCCAAUUGUUUGUUCUGCUCUUGACAAAUUAGGCAUUCUCGGCCUUCCAAUCUGGUUCACAGAGCUUGAUGUAUCAUCCACUAAUGAAUAUGUUAGAGCAGACGAUUUGGAAGUGAUUCUUCGCGAAGCAUUUGCCAAUCCCGCAGUUGAAGGUGUAAUGCUCUGGGGAUUCUGGGAGCUGUUUAUGAGUCGGGAAAAUUCGCAUUUAGUGAAUGCAGAAGGGGAUAUCAACGAAGCAGGGAAACGUUACUUGGCUCUCAAGGAAGAGUGGCUGUCUGAAGCACACGGCCACAUUGACGAGCAGGGAGAGUUCAGGUUUAGGGGCUUCCCAGGAGCAUACAGUGUUGAAAUUGUUACUGCCUCAAAGAAGCCUGUAAAAACAUUCGUCGUCGACAAGGGCGAGUCCCCAGUGGAGGUCUCCAUUGCUCUCUAAAGUUGCUGCUCAACUCACUAAAGGCUCAUUAUUUUCGUUGUUUUCGUAUUUUAUGCAAUGUCAAAUGACAAUGUUGUGCCUGUUAUGUAAAGGGUUUGUAAUUCUGAGUUAAAGAAAUGAUCUUGUGACUCUUCUGCUAGGCCUUGAAACUUUUGAUGUUGCCGGCCUUAUCAGUUGGGCCAAUGUUUUGGUUGAUGAAAAGCCUAUUAAGCUCGUGAAGGUAAUCAUAAAGUGAUUGAAGUUCAAUGGA